AUGUCUCAACAAGUACCACCAUCACCAUCACAACAUCAAGGUGAAGUGGGCAAUAGUGUUGAACAACAACAACAACAACCCACUUGGCAACAGAUUGCCAACUCAUCAUUGAAACAACCAUCGGCAUCUGCGUCAUUGUUGUCACAACGAUCAUUGACUCAAUCACCAAGGUCAACCAAUGCCAACAACACAUCAUCACUCACAUCAAAGCAAUAUCAAUACACUGCCGACGAUGAUGAACAACAACAACAACCACCACAUGCAUCUGUUGAUGAUACCAACACCACCAAUGUCCAAGAUACAUCAUCAUCCAAUAACAACAAUAAUAACAAUAGUAACAAAGGACUUGGAAAGAGAAAGCAUGCUCCAACAAGAGUACAAGAGGAGCCACUCACUCAACAGCAGUUGCAACAACUUAGACAACAACAGCAACAGCAACAACAGCAACAGCAACAGCAACAGCAGCAACAACCACAGCAACAGCAACAGCAACAAGAUGGAGAGAGGGUAUACCAAUACAAGCGUCUGUCAGCUCCAAGGAAGACACUUCGUGCAAUGAUAGCCAAAGACACCCCGCCACAACAACAACAACCACAACAACCACAAAGACCACAACAGCCUCAACAGCCACAACAACAGCAACAGCAACAGCAACAAUCACAGCAACAACAACAAGAUGUGGACAAACAAAAGUUGAGAGAGUUUUGGAUAUCAUUGAGUGAGGAGGAGCGUGGCGAGUUGGUGCGUCUGGAGAAGGAGUCAUUGUUGAGGAAAAUGAAGGACCAACAGAAACAUACAUGUUCAUGCAGUGUAUGUGGACGUCGUCGGGUGGUCAUCGAGGAGGAGCUAGAGAUGCUCUACGACUCCUACUACGAGAAGAUCAAGUACUACGAGAAGAUGAACGACAAAGUAUCAUACCUGAUCGAUAUGAAGGAGGGCCAACAACAACAACAAGUGUCUCAACAACAACCACAGGCGCAGGCUCAACAACUUCAAAUGAGACAACAGUUGCUACAACAACAGCAACAACAGCAACAACAACAACUUCAACAGUUACAACAGCAACAACAACAACAACAACGACAAACACAGCCACAGCCACAGUCACAGCCACAGCCACAAGCACAGAUUAUCAGACAGUAUAAGACAAAGAAUGGGUCAUCGAGGUACAAGACAACGACAUCUUCUGAGGAGGAGUUCCUUCGAAAUGAGGGCAAGCACUUUAUUGAGUUGAUGGAGAAGUUGGCCGAGCGACGUGUUAGACGUGAGGAGUUGUCCGAGCAGGUCUACGAUCAUCCAAACAUACUUGCCGAAGAGGACUUGCGAAUACAGAUCGAGGAGACUCGUGCCAAUGUCCAAGCUGGCGUCGGCAAGCAUCACAUCAGCAUGAACAUCAAUCUGAAUAAUGGUGGCGUCAAAGGUUUGAUCAAUGGAUCAUUCAUCAGACAACAGAUCAGUCAACAUCAGAGUCAUCAUCAUCAACAUCAUCAACAUCAUCAUCAGCAUCAACAUCACUACACUGAUGGUGUUGACAUUGGAGAAUAUGAAGAUGAUGAGCUGGAUGUCGAUGAGAACGAUCUGGACGAGGAUGAUGAGGACGAAGAGGACGAAGAUGAGAGCGCACUGAAUAGUGAUCGUUAUGAGCUCAAUGAUGAAGAUGACGAAGACUAUGACGACGAAGAAGAUGACGAAGAUGAUGACGAUGACGAAGAUGACGAUGACGACGACGACGAUGAUGAAGACGAUGAUGAAGAUGAUGACGAUGACGAUGAGGAAAGACAGAUGGAGGAGGGAAGGAAGAUGUUCCAUGUCUUUGCCUCAAAGAUGUUCGAGCAAAGAGUACUGGCAGCCUACAAGGAGCGACUGAUACUAGAGAGACAGAGACAUCUACUGGAAGAGGAGGAGCAGAAUGAGAAGAGAGAGAGACAACUACGCGAGCAAAAGGCUAGGAACAAGAAGGAGAAGAUUGAGAAACAGAGAGAGUUGGCCCAGAAGCAACGUGAGGAGAAGGAGAGAAAGUUGAAGCAGAAGGAGGAGGAGGAGAGACUGAAGAAGCUAGAGGACCAGCGCAAGAUGGAAGAGAAGCAACGUGAGAGACAGAAGAAGAAGGAGGAAGAGGCAAAGAAGCGUGAGGAAGAGCGUUUGAGGAUGCAAGAGAAGGUCAAUGAAUCAAAGAGUCAGGAGAAGACUGAGAAGCAAAGGAAAGAGGAGGAGCAGAGGCGUGCAAAGGAGUUGAAGAAGCAGCAACAAAGACUGGAGAGGAACAAGAAGGCAAUGGAGCAAUCUAAGCCAAAGGUGACCGUCAAGAGUCUUUGCAUUCUGCCAGAUACCACCGGCCAGCCUGUGGAGGCAAGCACCGCAACAAUCACCGUACAGCCACCACCACAGCCAGCUACAGUUCAGCAACAUCAAGUCCAAGCUGAGCCACAACCAUUGCCUCAUCUGACACCGACCAAGUCUCAACCUACCUCUACCUUGAGUCCCAAAUCGCCAGACUUCAUACCAAAGAUGCAGAGAUAUGUUGUCCCCAACAACCAUGUCCACAACCCAUCGAUCAAUGAUAACUUCCAACACAACAUACAAUCUGCUUUGAUGGCAGCAACAGAAACAACAUCUCCAUCGUUCGUGGACAAUGACGAUGACAUUGAUUCAAUCCUGCACAAUAUCCACAAGCCCAUUUCCACUCUGGACAUCAAUGACAGAUCCGUCAGCAGCAACAUGUUGAACUCAGCACACAAUGAUCAACAGCACGCCUCUUCCUCAUCAUCUGAUUUCUUCUUCAAGCAGCCGGCACUGUCUAUGGACAACGGCAAUCCAAAGAACACUUCAACGAUGGACUCAUACCUGUCAAGCACCUUGUUCGACUCUCGACACCUCAACGACUACAUCACAUCGGCAUAUGAACAGAACGCUGCAUCGAUGUUUGGACACGGCUAUCCAUUGGGAAUGAACACGUCUCAGACUAUCACGACAACCACGACAAUUACCACCACCACUCCUCAAUCGAUCCCAUCGGUACCAGGUGCGAUUGGCCAACCAAUUGGCGGAAACAGCAAUCAUGGCAGUAGCAGCAGCGGCAGUCACACUCAUUCUUCAUUCUUCUCUGGCGGUCCAUACCUUUCCCAGCACCAACAACAAUCGCCCCAGUCACCUCCAUUGUACAAUGGCUAUCAUGGCAGCAACAUUGUUGGCAACGGCACCAGUAGUAGCACCUUACCACUGGGCAACAUCAACACUUGGGAUCCAUUGAACCAUAACUACAACAGUUACAAUCUGCUUAACUCCAACAACAACAAUGGCAACAAUAGAGUUGGCCAGCUCCCACCAGCGUCAUCAAACAAUGCCUUCCAUAGCAUUGGUGCCAUUGGCGGCGGCUAUGGCUCAAUGUUCUCCACGUCCAACCCACUGGCCAACAACAGCAGCGGCCUUCCAAUACUCUCCAACUCACCCCUGAUGGACUCCAUUGUAGGACCUCAUAGCAAUGGCAAUCAUCACCUCGUUGGUAAUCGUUUUGAACAUCCCUUCUAUACCAUGUAA